GACUUGCAAAAUAGUUACUCAUUCAGAACAAUGGAGGACUAUGCGCUUUCCUUCUGGAUAUACAUGGCAGUGAUGUCCGUGUUUGUUGGCGGUGCAGUGAAGAAGAUCUUGGCAUCCCACAUCAGUUCCAUGCCUACUCUGGUGGCCUGGCUGGGUGCCAUUGUUCUGGUCGAGAGAUUGUGUGCCCUUUGCAUGCCUGCUGUCCUGGCACUGGGCAUCUUUUGCGCAGUCUGCUGGUUCUACACAGCCUGGGCAGCCCCUGCACCUGCGUUACCGGUCGAGGGCAAGGCAGUCUUCAUCACAGGAUGUGAUUCAGGGUUCGGCAACGCUACGGUGAAGCAUUUGGAUGCGAUGGGUUUCCAGGUGUUUGCUACAGUGCUGGAUCUGGAAGGGGAAGGGGCUCGUCACCUGAAGAGCGUCUGCUCCCCUCGCGUUUCUCUGCUCCAAGUGGACAUCACUCAGCCGCAGCAGAUCCAACAAGCCCUCCUGGAUACCAAGGCUAAACUGGGCAUGAAAGGUCUGUGGGGCCUUGUGAACAAUGCAGGACUGUGUGUGAACUUUGGAGAUGCUGAGCUUUCACUUAUGUCCAACUACAGAGGCUGCAUGGAGGUCAACUUCUUUGGCACGGUGAUGGUCACCAAAACCUUCCUGCCUCUCCUGCGGCAGUCUAAAGGGAGAAUCAUCACCAUCUCCAGCCCCUCAGGUGAGCAGCCCUUCCCUUGUCUGGCAUCCUAUGGGGCGUCCAAAGCAGCUCUGAAUUUGUUCAUUAACACACUACGCCACGAACUGGAGCCCUGGGGUUUGAAAUUUUCCACCAUUUUACCGUCUGCCUUCAGAACAGGUCAGUGCAGGAACACGGAUUACUGGGAGAAACAGCACAAGCACUUAAUCCAGAACCUGUCGCCCAGUCUCCUUGAAGAAUAUGGGGAAGAGUACAUUCUGGAGACCAAGGACCUGUUCCAGAACCACGCCAAGACGGCCAGCGAGGACCUGAGUCCCGUUGUCAACACCAUCGUGGAAGCACUGUUGUCCCCUCAGCCUAGCGUGAGAUACUACACUGGUGCCGGAGUCCGCCUCAUGUAUUUCAUCUGCAGCUAUUUCCCCGUCAGCAUCAGCGACAAGUUCCUGGAGAAACUCUUUGUGAAGAAGAAGGUCAUGCCGCGCGCCUUGAGGAAACAGAACGGUCUUGGCACCCUUCUCAGCCACAGUCUCAACAACAACAACAACAACAACAACAUAAACAACAACAACAACAUCAGUAAAAUAGAAUAGUAUUGAUUAUAGCUCCUUAUAGUGAGACACUAUAGGACCACUAAUCUAGCCCACUCAUAGUGCUGAGUCU